AUGUCGUCGCACACUUCAGAAUCCACGGCGCCGCUCUUCCCUUCGACCAAAGGCUCCGCCGCUACGGUGAGCGACAUAGUUCUCUGGAGGCGCCCGAUAUCGAGCGCCCUCGUCGUUUCGGUGGCCACGGCGACCUGGGUUCUGUUCGAAGUCGUCACCGUCGUUUCGUGGGUCGGCUUGGCCGUCGUCACUUCCCUCUACCUCUACGGCCACCUCUAUAGGAUCUUCCGGAAGGAAGAGCCGGAUCUGAUGGACAGGCAGUUCCUGAGGGAGGAGAGAGUGGUGGAGGCGGCCAGAUCGGCUGGAUCGGCGGUCGAGCUCGUGCUUCAGUGCCUGGUCCGGAUGAGCACGAACGGUGUUGUGAUGGUGAUGACGCUACCACUGGUGUACAAGAAGAACGAGGGGAGGAUCCUGCAAUCCGGGGUGGCGGCUCAGAUGAAGGCCUUGGAGGUUCUCACGGUGGUGAACGAGACGGUGAUUCGGAGAGUGAAGGGUAAGUUUGUGGCCGUGGCUUCCCCGAGAGACGACGAGGAGGAUCGCCACGACAAAGAACAAGAACAGGAGGAGAAGGUGGAGUCGAGGGAUGAGGAUAAACACAACAACAAAGACCAGAAGGAGGAGAAGGCAGAGUAG